AUGGGCAAAUAUAGUACCGAAUACAUGUACAGCACCGAUUCGGCUCUUAUGGGCGUCCGAGGACUGUACAACUUUGGGCCUGAUGCCAAAGUCGCGGCUACGGAGCCGAUAGUUGCAGAGCAGGUAGAGUCUGUGCAUGGCCGCUUCAGUGCAGGCGCAGAGCUCUACUAUGGCAUACUCAACAAGAGCGGGGGGAUCAGCACGGGGCUGCGAUUCGCUACCCUACCCAACCAUGCGGGUUUCCCGUAUACCAUGACGCUGACGCUGAACCCGUUGAUGGGCAAUCUGUCUUCCACAUAUGCCGUCAAGGCUGGACGUAACCUUGCGCUUAGUUCCCGCUUCGACUUUAAUUUCUACUCAUAUGAAAGUGAGCUGCAGCUCGGGUGCGAAUUGUGGCGCAUACGCAGCACGACUGACGUAGAGUGGGCGGUCAAAAAGCUGCGUCCAGAUUGGAAACGCCCAACGGUUUCGCCAGACGACGACGUUUCUGGGGUGCUCAAGGCGCGGGUCGACCAGGAUUGGCGCGUCGGAGUUUUAUGGGAGGGCAGACUAAAGGAGCUCCUAUUCACGCUCGGCGCAAGUCUGGACCUGUUGAAAAGAGAACAGAUAUUCCGAUCGAAACGCGUUUCCUUCCCACUUGCCGUGGCUGUCAGAAAGGUUUCCCGAGCAGUUAGGCGGCGGGGGAAAAAGGGGUGGGCAAGUGGACUCAGAGAUGACGGGUUCGACAAGGUCCAAGCGAUCGCGACCAUGUGUUUAGUGGUCACAGCAGACAGGCCAUGGCUGGGUGUCGAACGUGAAGGCUGCGGCACGAAGACGAACAAGCCAUCUGGUCCGGUCGGCGCACGUCGGGUGCAGAGGAAAGGUGGCUUUGUGAGCGAGCGUGUCAUGUUGGCGCGCCUGCGCGAUCAGACGGCACGGGCGCCGAUGCAAAGCAGCAUCAUGAUCAGGAUCACCUCGCAUUCGGCCCACCCGAGAGAUCCGCGCGAGGGCUCAGGCUCACGAUGCCGCAAGGGGACCUGCGCCGCAUCAAAGUCUGGUCAGGUCACUCUCACUCUGGUGGGCUCUGGGCGUGAGCGUAGGCGUGGCCGCCGUGGCCGUGGCCGUGACCGUGACCGUGGGCGCGUACGGCGAGACAGCCCCGAGAGUGCGAUGGACGUCAAGGCCGUGCUCAUGGUGCUGCUGUUGCAAGCUACGAGCAAUGGAUUGUCAACGCCCCAAACGCGCACGCCUCAUGCCCUCCAUGUCGUCCCCUUCCCUCUCCUCCGCCAUGUGCCCGUUGGUGGUCAAGACACGCUCCAUCUAUUCUAG